UCUUAUCAAAAUUAUAGAAUCAGAAGUCCCUCACCGGCAUCCAUAUUGUGAACCUCGCAGGAAACAGCUACUUUCGUUUGUAAAAAGUCCAGAACAUGCAGACUCCAAGGAUGUACAAUGUAAUGGGAGAUCAGCAUUAAUUUUCUUCAAUAGGACAACCCACAAAUAUCCAGUUCUAUAACAAUACAGUGAUGUUUCCUGCCCAGCCAAAUCGCCCACCAUCUAAUCCACCGUUACAAGCUGAAAAGCGAAUGAAGAAACGUCUAUGCAUUAUAGAUCCCGUCACGGGGAGAGACUUGACAAAUGAAUUACUGCAUACAAAAGAAAGCAAGGAAGCGGGAUCAUCAUACAGAUCCACCCCACCAAGUGGCCCAGGCUCUGGAUCCAGAGGGACUACAGAUAUGACACAUUUUGAAGAAGAUUCGCAGCAGACCAGAGAGGAAUUUGAAGAAAAAGGUUCUGAUUUUGUGACAAAUGAAAUCUCAAAGGAAAGUUCAGGGACAGAUAUUGCACAAAAAGAUGCUGUGUACGGUUUCCUUGCCAAUUCAGUAAAACUGAAGCCCUUUCUAACUUGUGAAAAAUGCAAAGAGGGAUUCGACAAUGACAGAAAACAGCCACUUCUGUUGCCUUGCUUGAAUGCCAUGUGUAAACAGUGUGUUUCUCAUGUUUGGGCAUCACACAAUACAAGUUUUGAAUGUUCAAUUUGUCAAUGUGUCCAUAUCUGCUAUGAAAAUGGGAACAUCAUCUUACCCCAUGAUGGUACGAGGAGAGCUGUAUUGGAAAUCUCUCGUUUGUUAAGUGGAGAAUCCAGUACAAUUUGUGAGAUGUGCACAAAUGAUCAAUUAGCAUCUCACCGUUGCUUUGACUGUUCAUAUUUCAUUUGUUUGGACUGUACUAAAUUACAUUCCAGUUUGAGAACAUUAAAAUGCCAUUCUUACACUUCAAUGGGAAAUCUUUUAGAAGGGGAAAUGGGAAGCCUUAGUAUGUUUUCUGAUAUCACAUAUUGUCCUCUAUCAGGUCAUGAAAAAGAAAUAAUGAAAAUGUUUUGUCGUACGGAUUCUUGUAUGAAACCAGUUUGUGUGAUCUGUGCCAUAAGUUCUCACAGAAAUCACAUUAUAUGUGAUAUAGCAGAAGUAGCAAAUGAAAAGAGAAAUAAAAUCCAAAAACUGAAAGAAAGUGUACAGCAAAUAGAAAAACAGUCACAGGUAUCUUUGUCACAGCUGACCGAAAUGAGUGAGACUAAUAUCUCAGAAUCUGAACGUAUUCAAAAGGAAAUAGCAGCAUGUUUCAGCAAAGCAAAAAGGAUUUUAGACCAAAGAAAAGAUGAACUCUGCAAUGCUGUAGCACAUCAACAGUGUGAUAAAGAAGCACUUAUAGAGAUGGAAAAGACACGACUGAGUAAAUUUGUCGAGUCAUGCUUACAGGCAUAUCUUUAUGUUGACAUUGCGCCUCGUAUCAAUAAGCAUCCGUCUCUCUAUAGCAUUUCCAAAUCAAUGGAAGUGCGACUGGAAGAUCUUCAAUCUCAGUCACCUGGAUGUCGAGCCACUGUAGAUACCAUAAAGUUUAUCCCAAAAGAAUUGGAUUCGACUUUUGAAAGAGCUGCAGCAAGCUUUGGUAAACUCAUGAUUACCAAAGCAAUUUCUUUAAAAUCCAAAGUAUUGAUAAAGCCUUCAGUUUGUUAUGUUGACCAGGAAAGUACUUUUCAGAUUAUACUAGUCUCUUCACUGGGAGAUAUGAUACAUGACGAAGAAGUGCAGGUGCACCUAAACCUCAAGGGAGAAAGCUUCAGAAUUAUUCAGUGUGUCUUUGAAAAAGUGUCCAGCAGUUUUGUUGGGAAUUGGAUUCCAGACAUGCCAAUGGAGCUCUCAUGGAAAGUAGUUAGUAAUGGCAUCGAGAUGGAAACCCUCAAAGGGGUUCUACGGAUCAAGGAAAACUGUGCUAGUGGUAAUGAAAAGACAACGUCGCUCCAGAAAUCAUUGAGUAAGCCAUCAGAACAAGUAGAAAUCAAAACCAAAGAAGGUCUAGUGAUAAAAAUUUACACAGGCAGCAUCACUCGCUUAGAAGUGGAUUGUAUUGUCAAUGCAGCAAAUGAACAGCUUAUGCAUGGAGAAGGAGUUGCAGCUGCAAUAUCUGAGGCAGCUGGUUAUAAAUUUGAUGAGGAAAGUAAGGACUAUAUAGCAAAGAAUGGUCCAAUACCAGUAGGAUGUUGUGGUGUGACAUCUGCUGGCAGAUUACCAUACAAAUGUGUUAUCCACACAGUGGGACCGAGGUGGGGUGAUUAUAGAAACAAAAAUCAGUGCUUGGACGAUCUCUGUGAGUCUGUAGAGGUCACCUUCAGAGAAGCAGACAGACUGAGGAUGAGGUCAAUUGCAUUACCAGCAAUAAGCUCAGGUAUAUUUGCUGUUCCUAGAGAUCAGUGCAUUGAACAGUACCACAGAGCAGUGAUGACAUUCAGCAGAAACUAUCCGUUCCAUAAUCUUCAGGAAAUCCACUUUGUUGACAGAGAUUCUUCAAUGGUUGGCGCAAUACAGGAAUUAUUCAAACAGAGAAGAUCAUCUGGUUAUACACCAGCCAAUCAAAAAGCUCAGCUCACAAAUGAUGACAAACUUUCAUCCAUCUACAAGAAAGAUCAGUUAAAUGAGCAAUCUUCAAGCACUGAUUCCAUUAUAAAUGUCUCGGAUGGAUUUCUCAUCAAACUACAUUUAGGAAAUAUUGCAGAUGCCGUGACAGAUGUCGUAGUGUGUCCACAGGAUGAAAAUUGUUUAUCAAAUGGUCAAAUUGCUAAAGCAAUUUUUGGAAUGACUCCUGAUAAAUUCAGUAGUAGUCAAAGAAAAAAGAAGGUUGGUGAUAUUCUGUCACAAAACCUCCCUGGAAAUUCCCCAUGGAAGAUGAUUAUCCAUGCUGUAACACCUAGGUGGACUGGUGAAUCUGCAAAGACCCCACAGAAUUAUGAAAAGACAUUGAAUAUGAUGGUCCAAAAAAUAUUGAAAACUGCUGAUGAUGCAAAGUUCUCAUCAAUAGCCAUUCCCCUCCUAGGUGCAGGUGUUGGAGAUUACCAAACACCAAUGGAAACAUGUGCGCGGAAUUUCUACAAAGCCGUUAAAGCAGCACACUCUGAAUUGAUAAACCUUAAAGAAAUACAACUUGUGCUGAAAGAUGAAGCUGCAGAGAAGGCAUAUCUGGACAUUUUUGAAGACGGGGGCUUUCAAAUUAUUCCUAAAACUGGGCAGUCAAUGAGUACUAAAGAUUGGGGCAAAACAAUAAAAGGCUCCAAUCUAUCCAAAGAACAAGAAAACUGCUGCAUCUGCAUGGAUUUACCAAAAAAACCAAAACGGUUACAAAAAUGUGGUCAUAUCUUCUGCAAGGACUGCAUUGAACAGUAUUUUGAGUACAAGCCAGCAUGUCCCAGUUGUGGCGAGUUUUAUGGCAAAGUGAUGGGAGAUCAGCCUCCAGGGUCCAUAUCAAUGAAGAAAGUCUACCAUAGAUUGGAAGGUUUCUAUGACUGCAGUAGCUGUAUCGUUGUGACAUACUCAUUUCUCAAUGGAUCUCAAGGGCCUGAGCAUCCAAAUCCUGGACGGCAGUACAAAGGAAUAGUUCGCUCUGGUUACGUUCCUAACAACGAGAGAGGAAGGCUGGUGGCUAAGCUGCUCAACGUAGCAUUCAGCAGACGAUUGGUUUUUACUAUUGGUCGCUCUCGCGUUACAGGCCAGGAUGGAGUCAUCACCUGGAAUGAUAUACACCAUAAAACCAGGCCCAUUGGAGGACCAGAAAGGUUUGGGUAUCCAGACAAUACAUAUCUUGACCGCGUAUUGGAGGAGUUGGCCGCAAAAGGAGUCACUCCAGACUCGGCCGAUGAUCCACUGGAAUACAGCGAGUACUCAAAGUUUAUAAAGUACUACGGCUAAAUUGUCAAACAGAACCAGUAACAGCACUGAAAACCAACUGUAUUUACAGUAUCCAGAUAGAUGACUUCUUAUUGGAAUACAACUGAUAAUUCAUAUUGAUUUAUAUGUAUGAUAUUGAUUUAUAUAAUGAUUUAUAUGAAUAAUGUUAAUUUAUAUGAAUAAUAUGAGAGUUUAAAAGCACUUAAUUGUCCAUGCAGUGAAAUAAUAGUUUUUGUUUUGUAGCAUUAUUUAGAUAUAUAUUUGUUAAUCUCAGUAAAUUCAUGUAAAAAAAAUUCUAUUUGUUAACACCUUGUGAGAAUAGAAAAUUUGCCUAAACAUAUUCAUCAUUUUAUUCUAAUAUGCUGUACAAAUAUUUUGUUGAUUGUUCAGGUAUUAUUCAUAAUCCAAAUUACAUGUAAUAUAUCGAUCUUGGAGUAACAUGACCGGCCAAUAUUCAUAAAGUCAGAAUUAAAAGUCUUUUACUGAAAAUUAAGUUAUGUAAUUAUGCAUCAAUGUGAUGAGUAGUGAUGGUGAGAGAAAACAUAUUUACAUGUAAAAACAGGAUUUUGGCAUGAUCCAUUAAAUGGCAAAGUUUUAUGAUAUAUUCAUGCCUGAAAUUCAGCCACCAUCAAUGUGAGCAGUUGCAAAUGUUAUUUUCAGCCAGUCUACGAGAUCUUCGAUUUGCAACACACAAUAUGGCUUAAUUAGUGAACCUAUUUUCUAACGUGCAGAAACGCACUGAAUGAUCAUUGGCAUAAACACAUCAUUUUAUUGUAGUAAUAUGUUGUACAAUAUUUUGUUGAUUUUCAGAUAUUUAUGAUAUUGAGGACUUCUGGCAGUCUCAGAAAUAUCUUUCAAUUUCAAAUCAGGAGAUAUUAAUAUUAUGAUUUCUGUCUUGCAAUAUAGAUAAAAGCUUAAAAUUUAAAUUUGACAAACUGAGAAAUCUGUAAAUCAUGUAUAUGUUCAUUCAAUGUUGAUUUAUAUAAAUGUUUUAGCUCACCUGAUCUUAAAGAUGAGGUAAGCUUUUCAGAUCAAAACGUUGUCUGUUGUCCAUCCGUGUAAACUUUUCAGAUUUUUUACUUUUCUCAAGAACCACAAGGUCAAUUUCAACCAAAUUUGGCACAAAACAUGCUUGGGUGAAGGAAAUUCAGGUUUGUAAAAAUGAAGGAUCAUACCCCCUUCAAAGGGGAAGAAAAUUCAACUGAAAUAUAGAUGGGAUGUUCAAUUUUUUUUCUGAAGAACUACUGAAUUAGAAUAUUAACAUUUUACAUUGGACUAUAUAGGAAAUUUCUUUUUUGUUGAUUAUAGUUUGCUCAUACAUGUAUCAUGACACCCCCCCCCCCCCCCCAGCACCUUGUUGGGGCCACAGGAGGGAAGUGAACUAUUGCAUAUAUUAUAGGAAUAUUUUUUUUAGAAUAAUAGUAGAGUUCAAUUUGUCAGAUUGAUAUGCAAGCAUCCUCUGUAGUAUAGAUUUUUGGGUUUAGGUGGUUCAGAAUCUUACACUGGAAUAUUAUCAGGAACAUUCUUCGAAAAUAAUCUUAAAAACCACCAAGAUACCGUACAUGUGUAUGGUGAAAUUAAUAUGUAAGAGUCCUUAUAAAGUGUAGAUGUAAGUUUGCUUGUUCACAAUAUGAUGCAUGGGGCCAGGAUGGGGCUCCAGCAAGAGUUUCAAAUUUUACAUCGGACUGUAUGGAAACCCUUAAAAAUUGUCAACUUGGUAAGUAGGCAUUCUCAUGUAGUGUAGAUUCAAAUUUGUAACUAUCAUAGCUCCUUAGUUCAGGGUUUAUGUUGGAAAUGGAAUAUACUGGAUAAUUCUUUACUACAAGAAAACAAAACGUCAAAUUAAUUUGAGAGAACCCUUAUGUAUAGUGUAGAUUCGAACUGCAUCAUGCAUUGUAUGACAAGGGUGAGGUCAUAUAUUAAAGUGGAACCUAAUGAUAUGAAUAAUUAUUAUGAAUAUUUUUCUGAUUUUUUUUUUUUUACUUCUUAUUGUAUCUUUUUAAUGUAAAGCGCUAAUUGGAGAUUUUAAAUUGAUUAGAGGGCUAUGCCAAUGCUGGGUCGAAUCCUUUAUAAGGGUGCAAUACAAAUUUUAGUAUUGUAUCAUUACAAUUUGUAACGACACCGACACCACAAUAUUUAGGAAAUGUGAAUUCAACGAUUUCUUAUUAUAUCUUGAUUAUAAUGAAUAUUUAACUGAUGAAUAAAUUAUUUCAUGAAGCAUGUACAUCAUACACUGUACCAUGAUGGGUUUUUUUAAAACAGUUUUUAGCUCACCUGAGCUGAAAGCUCAAGUGAGCUUUUCUGAUCACCCGUAUUCCGGCGUCCGUCCGUCUGUCCGUCUGUAAACUUUUCACAUUUUCAACUUCUUCUCAACAACCACUGGGCCAAUUUCAACCAAAGUUGGCACAAAACAUCCUUAGGUAAAGGAAAUUCUAAAUGUUAAAAUAAAGGGCCAGGCCACCUUCCAAGGGGAGAUAAUCAAGAAAAGGUAAAAAUAGGGUAGGGUCAUUAAAAAAUCUUCUUCUCAAGAACCACUGGGCCAGAAAAGAUGAAAUUUAUAUGAAAGCUUCCUUAUAUAAUGCAGAUUCUAAAUUGUUAAAUCAUGGCCCCCGGGGGUCAGAUGGGGCCACAAUAGGGAAUCAAAGUUUUACAUACAAAUAUAUAGGAAAAAUCUUCUUCUCAAGAACCACUGAGCCAGAAAAGCUGAGAUUUAUAUGAAAGCUUCUUUAUAUAAUGCAGAUUAUAAAUUGUUAAAAUCAUGGCCCCCGGGGGUCAGAUGGGGCCACAAUAGGGAAUCAAAGUUUUACAUACAAAUAUAUAGGAAAAAUCUUUAAAAAUCUUCUUCUCAAGAACCACUGAGCCAGAAAAGCUGAGAUUUAUAUGAAAGCUUCCUGAUAUAGUGCAGAUUAUAAAUUGUUAAGAUCAUGGCCCCCGGGGGUUGGAUGGGGCCACAAUAGGGGGUCAAAGUUUUACAUACAAAUGUAUAGGAAAAAUCUUUAAAAAUCUUUUUCCCAAGAACCACUGAGCCAGAAAACCUGAGAUUUAUAUGAAAGCUUCCUGAUAUAGUGCAGAUUAUAAAUUGUUAAGAUCAUGGCCCCCGGGGGUUGGAUGGGGCCACAAUAGGGGGUCAAAGUUUUACAUACAAAUGUAUAGGAAAAAUCUUUUUCCCAAGAACCACUGAGCCAGAAAACCUGAGAUUUAUAUGAAAGCUUCCUGAUUCAGUACAGAUUCUAAAUUGUUAAAAUCAUGGCCCCCGGGGGUUGGAUGGGGCCACAAUAGGGGGUCAAAGUUUUUUAGGGUUUUCUGUUGUUUUUUUUAUAUAGUGCAGAUUCAAGUUUGUUAAAAUCAUGGACCCGGGGAUUGGAUGGGGCCUCAAGGGGGGCAUCAAAGUUUUACAUACAAAUAUAUAGGAAAAAUCUUUUUAAAUCUUCUUCUCAAGAACCACUGAGCCAGAAAAGCUGAGGUUUAUAUGAAAGCUUCCUGAUAUAGUGCAGAUUAUAAAUUGUUAAGAUCAUGGCCCCCGGGGGUCGGAUGGGGCCACAAUAGGGGGUCAAAGUUUUACAUUCAAAUAUAUAGGAAAAAUCUUUAAAAAUCUUCUUCCCAGAACCACUGAGCCAGAAAAGCUGAGAUUUACAUGAAAGCUUUCUGAUAUAGUGCAGAUUCAGGUUUGUUAAAAUCAUGCCCCCCUGGGGUAGGAUGGGGCCACAAUAGGGGAUCAAAGUUUUACAUACAAAUAUAUAGGGAAAAUCUUUAAAAAUCUUCUUCUCAAGAACCAUUGGGCCAAAGUAGUUCACAUUUACAUGAAAGCUUUCUGACAUAGUGUAGAUUCAAGUUUGCAAAAACCAUGGCCUCCAGGGGAAGGUUUGGGGCCAUAAUAGGGACUACGGUUUUACAUGCAAAUAGAUAUGGAAAAUCUUCUGAUGUGGACCAAGGUGACUCAGGUGAGCGAUGUGGCCCAUGGGCCUCUUGUUUUAGUUGGAAAUAUUACUUCUUUACACAAUAAACAGUUCAAACGAAUGUAUUAUUUGUAAUUUUUUCUUUGCCUAUCUCUAGACAGGAUUGUAUUGGUACAGCAAUGUCGGUCUGUCCAGGUUUUCUGCACAUUUCUCUCAUAUGCUUGCACAGAUCGAUUUUUAUGGAAAUUGUAAGUUACUAAAACCGACAGUUAUGGGGCUUUUUGGUAUCUGGGUAGCGCAGAGGUAGCACUCUCACGUCUCACUGUUGUGACCCUGAGUUCGAACCCCAUGAUCGGCAGUGGUAGUUUGAGGUCGCCCGCUCCGACACGUGGGUUUACUCCGGGUAAUCUGGUUUUUUCCCACAUAAUAACCCCCUAGUGCCAACAUCCGUACAUCAAAAGGACCCCAUUGGAAAUUUUAAAGCUUUGGAGAUUUGAUGGGUUAUCCUUGGUAUUCAUGUAUGCAUAUUUGUAUGUAAUUAUGUAUCAAAUAAACAGUUAUUUACC